AUGACAGCGCGCAAUCGAUCUUCUUUACCACAGUCUACUCUGGCUGCUUCGGUAGACCAAUCUACGGCAGGCAGCUCCAGAAGGGGUUCCAGCAAAGAGCACGGGGGGCGCCUCCUGUCUCGGAUGCAACUCGUUUCUGCCGCCACUGUUCAGCCAGGAGAAGAGUUUUUGGAGAGCUACAUGGAGAUGAAUGAAAUGAACAUCUUUCGCAGUCAUGAGAACUUGAGGGGUCUGGAUCAACGCAGCAUGGCCAGUUAUGAAAAGCUCAAGAAAGAAAUCCAGGAUAGUCCUGAAAAGGUGGGCUCCUUGGAUCCUCGCGUGAGUAUCUUUUGGCAGUGGACUUUGAUUCUGAAAAGCUGGGAUAGGGAACUGUUCUAUGGCUAUGGCAAAGGAGAUCAGCCAUCCUAA